AGCUGUGUGUGAACACGCACCGAUGCUGUGUGUUUCUUUGUUUCCUCUCUGAAAUCCCGGAAUGGGUUCUCGAGCAACAAGCGACCGUGGCUGCGUGCAGCGGCGGCAGCAGCUCUGCGCACACUUCACAGGGAUAACGCAUUGGUGAAUCAGUGGCUGAGCUUGCUUUGGAUGUGUGUGUGUGUGUGAGUGUGUGUGUUUGUGUUUGUGUUUGUGUGUGUGAACCUGCGGGAUUACUGUAGUCUCAUAUUGUCGUUUUUCUCCGCGGGAUCGAGGACAGGAAUGAACUCGUGUGUUGGAUUUGUAAAACUAUCCUAAGAAGUGUCUGCACCUGCAGAGGCUCCGCGUUUUCCAGCCGGAGUCGGUGUUGGAGCUGCUGUGGUUCAACUGUUGGUGUGUGUGUGUGUGUGUGUGUGUGUGUGGUGGGGGGCAGAUCCGAUCAUGGGCAGACCAUCUGAUAAUGCCCCCCAACUGAAAGCGGGUCUGACAAUCCGGGUGUUGUGGAUGCUUCACGCUUUCCUGGACCUGGCCGGCUCCCAGGAGAUUUACGCGCCGCACUCGAUCCGGGUGGAGGGCGACGUGACGCUGGGGGGGCUCUUCCCGGUCCACGCCAGGGGGGUCCCGGGGAUGCCGUGCGGGGACAUAAAGAAGGAAAACGGCAUCCACCGGCUGGAGGCGAUGAUGUACGCCCUGGACCAGAUCAACGGCGACGAGGAGCUGUUGCCCAACGUCACCCUGGGCGCCCGGAUCCUGGACACCUGCUCCCGGGACACGUACGCGCUGGAGCAGUCGCUCACCUUCGUCCAGGCGCUCAUUCAGAAGGACACGUCGGACGUGAGGUGCACCAACGGGGAGCCGCCGGUGUUUGUCAAACCCGAGAAAGUUGUCGGGGUCAUCGGAGCGUCGGCCAGCUCCGUGUCCAUCAUGGUGGCCAACAUCCUGCGCCUCUUCCAGAUCCCUCAGAUCAGCUAUGCAUCCACGGCACCGGAGCUCAGUGACGACCGGCGGUACGACUUCUUCUCCCGGGUGGUCCCUCCGGACAGUUUCCAGGCCCAGGCCAUGGUGGACAUCGUCAAGGCCAUGGGCUGGAACUACGUCUCCACUGUGGCGUCAGAGGGCAGCUACGGGGAGAAAGGAGUGGACGCCUUCAUGCAGCUCUCCAGGGAAGCAGGUGGAAUCUGUAUCGCUCAGUCACUGAAGAUCCCUCACGACCACAAACCCUCCGACUUUGAUAAAAUCAUCCGUCUGCUGCUGGACACUCGGUACGCCAGAGCCGUCAUCCUGUUCGCCUCCGACGAGGAUAUCAGGGGGAUCCUGAACGCCAGUAAGCGAGCGGACCAGGUGGGUCACUUCCUGUGGAUCGGCUCCGACAGCUGGGGAGCCAAGAACAGUCCCAUCCACCAGCUGGAGGACGCAGCUGUGGGCGCUGUCACCAUCCUGCCGAAGAGAGCCACCAUCAGCGGGUUCGAUGCGUACUUCAUGUCGCGGACUCUGGAGAACAACAGGAGGAACGUGUGGUUUGCUGAGUACUGGGAGGAGAACUUCAACUGCAAACUGAUGAGCUCGUCAAAGAAGGACGAGAGCAGCAGGAAGUGCACAGGUCAGGAGCGUAUUGGCGUUGAUUCCAAGUACGAGCAGGAGGGUAAGGUCCAGUUUGUGAUCGACGCGGUGUACGCCAUGGCCCACGCCCUCCACAACAUGCAGAGGGAUCUGUGUCCGGAGAUGUCGGGCAUCUGCCCCGAGAUGGACCUGGCUGGAGGGAAGAAACUGCUCAAGUACAUCCGCAGCGUCAGCUUCAACGGAAGUGCUGGUACUUCAGUGACAUUCAACCGGAAUGGCGACGCCCCCGGACGCUACGACCUCUUUCAGUACCAGUGGAACAACAUCACAGGUCCAGGCUACCGCGUGAUUGGACAAUGGACGGAGACCCUGCAGCUCAACAUCGAGGACAUGCAGUGGCCCCGAGGGGAGCAGGACAUCCCCAGCUCUGUGUGCAGCCUUCCCUGUAAAACCGGAGAGAGGAAGAAGGUGGUGAAGGGCAUGCCCUGCUGCUGGCACUGCGAGCCCUGCGACGGCUACCAGUACCAGCACGACGAGUUCACCUGCAAGCUCUGCUCCUACAACAUGAGGCCCAACGCCAACCGCACAGCCUGCCAGCCUAUACCCAUCAUCAAACUGGAAUGGCACUCCCCCUGGGCCGUGAUUCCCGUUUUCCUGGCAAUGCUCGGCAUCAUCGCUACAAUCUUCGUCAUGGCUACCUUCAUACGGUACAACGACACACCGAUCGUCCGGGCGUCUGGCCGGGAGCUGAGUUAUGUCCUCCUGACUGGGAUAUUUUUAUGUUACAUCAUCACAUUCCUCAUGAUCGCCAAGCCAGAUGUUGGCGUGUGCUCGUUCAGGAGGAUCUUCCUGGGCCUGGGGAUGUGCAUCAGCUACGCCGCCCUCCUCACCAAAACCAACCGCAUCUACCGAAUCUUCGAGCAGGGCAAGAAGUCAGUGACGGCACCCCGGCUGAUCAGCCCCACCUCACAGCUGGCAAUCACCUCCAGCCUCAUCUCGGUGCAGCUGCUGGGCGUGUUCAUCUGGUUCGUGGUGGAUCCGCCAAACACCAUCAUAGACUAUGACGAGCAGAAGACCUUCAACCCAGAUCUGGCACGAGGAGUGUUGAAAUGUGACAUCACGGAUCUUCAGAUCAUCUGUUCGUUGGGUUACAGUAUCUUAUUGAUGGUGACGUGUACUGUUUACGCCAUAAAGACCCGCGGGGUCCCGGAGAAUUUUAACGAGGCCAAGCCCAUCGGGUUCACCAUGUACACCACCUGCAUCGUAUGGCUCGCUUUUAUACCCAUCUUCUUUGGCACAGCGCAGUCAGCAGAGAAGCUGUACAUCCAGACGACCACGCUGACCAUCUCCAUGAACCUGAGUGCGUCCGUGGCCCUCGGGAUGCUCUACAUGCCCAAAGUCUACGUCAUCAUCUUCCACCCGGAGCUCAACGUGCAGAAGAGGAAACGUUCCUUCAAAGCCGUCGUCACAGCCGCCACCAUGUCGUCCCGACUCUCCCACAAGGCCAGCGACAGACCCAAUGGAGAGGCCAAGACAGAGCUGUGUGAGAACGUCGACCCCAACAGUCCAGCAGCAAAGAAGAAAUAUGUGAGCUACAACGACCUUGUGAUAUGACGGCAUCGGAGCAACGGGCUGAAGAGAGAGAGAGGAGAGGCUGAUAGUUGGAGAUGUUUCGGUCUCCUGCCCUGCUGGCUAAAAACAAGAACAGGGAGAAAAAAGAGAGACGAAGAGAGGGAUGUUUUUUGUUGUUGUUGUUUAGUUUUUUGGUCUCAUGUGCUUCAUUGCCCACUACAGACUUUCAGACGCUGAAGCAAAGCCUUGUGGGACUUUCCUUUGGGCACUCACACACACACACACACACACACACACACACACACACAUUCAGUCGGUCAAAGAGACGCGAGGACGCAAAGACAGUGUUCAAAACUCGGGGAUGUUGUUCAGAAAAUAAAAAAUCCUUUUUGUUUGUGAUGAUGAUGAUGAUGAUGAUGAUGGUACUGAGAACAAACAUGGCAGAUGUCUCGCAGCCUCACGUGGGCUUCAUGUUGAUCCUCUCCUGCUGUUGAUGUCAAACGAAGCCGCCGUCAUCUCGGCCUGACGUGACCUUUCUACGGAGCCCGCCUCCCGUUUGUCUUUUAAUGUACUUCCAAACUGCAAGUUUUCCAACCUUCCUGUCCUCCCACCUGUGGUUCUUUAUGGCUUCUAUGUUCCUUUGGUUGUUGGUUUGAUUUUAUUUGUCCUUUCAAAGGCAACGAUGGUCAUGAUGCUGACGAUGAAUCUACUUUGUUCUUUGCUUCUUGGAUGCACAUUGUUUUUUAUUAAAGCCAUAUUCUUCGCUCUGAGAUUUUGAGGGCUUUGCUCACGCUGCUCCCUGGAAUCUGAUUGUUGCCGCACGAACCUCCUGAAAGGCCCCGAAAACAUGUUUUCAGCUUCCUACAUGAGCACGUUAGAUUACAGCACA